AUGGCUCGUUUAGUAAGGAAGAGAGGAGAAACCGAGCCCAAUGGGCCUUCUGUGAAGAGAGCAAAGUCUGCUGCAUCAACCUUAGCUUCAAGACGGGCUUCUAGACUACCUUCCAUCAACGAAUUCCCCAAAGCUAAGACUGAAAAGUUAGAUCUAUUCGUUUUUGGUACAGGCUCGAUGUCUGAACUGGGGUUAGGCCCAGCAGCAAGCACAAAAGAGGUCAAGCGACCCAGAUUGAAUCCACUUUUGAAGAAAGACGAAGUCGGAAUUGUUGACUUUGCAGUAGGUGGAAUGCACACUCUAGCUUUAGAUUAUAAGAACCAGGUCUGGUCCUGGGGAGGAAACGACAGCGGAGUACUGGGAAGGGACACCAGCCAAGCACAGGAACAACUAAGAGACAUGGACGAUGAAGACGAUGAUGAUGAAGAUGGUGAUUUGAACGAAUUAGAAUCCACUCCAGGCUUGGUUGAAGGAUUGCCAGACAAUCAGAUUGUUCAAUUGAUUGCCACUGAUAACCUGAGCGGUGUUCUAUUGGAAAAUGGUGAAGUAUGGGCCUGGGGUACGUUUAGAUGUAAUGAAGGAUUACUGGGAUUUUUAGACAGUGAAGGAAUACAGAAAACUCCAAGACACAUUCCAGGAUUUGUUAAUAUCGUCCAAGUAGCUUCGGGAAAGGAUCACAUCAUUGGGUUGGACAACAAAGGUAUUCCUUAUGCUUGGGGAAACGGCCAGCAAUUUCAAUUAGGGCGCCGAAUCCUAGAAAGAACUAGAUUGCAAUCAUUGGAGCCAAGAGAGUUCGGGCUACGGAAGAUCAAGUUUGUAGGAUCCGGAGAAUUUCACUCUUUUGCUAUUUCCGAAAAUGGCAAAGUUUACGCCUGGGGAUUGAACCAAUUUGGACAAUGUGGCGUUCCAAUUAACAUUGAAGAUGGUGCUGUCAUAGCAAAACCAACUGAAAUUGAAGAAUUGACUGGAAAGGAUGUUGUCUAUAUUACUGGAGGUGAGCAUCACUCUUUAGCAUUAACAAAAUCAGGAGAGGUUUAUGUUUUUGGCAGAUAUGAUAUGAAAGAGAUUGGUAUCAAAAAAGACAAUCUUCCUGAGGAUGCUUACAAAGAUGCCAACGGAAACACUCGUGCAGUUCCUGUUCCAACAAAGUUGACCACCCUUCCUAAGAUAAAGGCAGUAACUGCUGGUUCUCAUCAUUCUCUUGCAAUCACAGAAUCAGGAGUGGUCUACUCGUGGGGGUUUGCUGAUACUUAUGCUGUUGGUUUAGGUCCCGUUGAUGAAGAUGUGGAAACACCAACCAGAAUUGAGAAUACAGCAACAAAGGAACAUGACAUCAAAAUCAUUGGUGCAGGUGGACAAUUCAGUGUCAGUGGUGGAGUCAAGUUGACAUCUGAAGAAGAAAUUGAGAAAAGACUUGACGAGAUUGAAAAAUUUGAAGACUCCCUUUAA